CGCUGCCGGGGCCGCGCGUGGCCGUGCUGAGGGAGGAGGGGAGCAACGGGGACCGCGAGAUGGCGGCGGCGUUCCAGAUGGCAGGAUUCCAGGUGUGGGACGUGACCACCCAGGAUUUGUGUUCGGGCUCCUCCUCCCUGGACUCGUUCCGGGGCCUCGCCUUCGUCGGCGGCUUCAGCUACGGAGACGUCCUGGGCUCGGCCAAGGGCUGGGCCGCCUCCAUUCGCUUCAAUCCCAAAAUCCGCGCGGAGCUCGAGCGCUUCCGGAACCGCCCGGACACCUUCAGCCUGGGGGUGUGCAACGGCUGCCAGCUGAUGGCGCUGCUGGGCUGGGUGGGGACAGGCGAUGGCCGCGGGGGCCCGGCGGGGGCCGUGGCGCUGGAGCGGAACCUCUCGGGUCGCUUCGAGUCGCGAUUCGUCACCGUGCGCGUGGAGCCGGGCCCGGCGAUGAUGCUGCGGGGGAUGGAGGGGGCGCGGCUCGGCGUGUGGGUGGCGCACGGGGAAGGCCGUUUCCAGUUCCGCCCCCCGUCCCUGCUGGCCACCAGUGUCCAGUCUAUGACCAGUAUACCCAGUAUACCCAGUAUACCCAUUAUAACAAUCUAUACCCAGUAUAAUCAAUCUAUACCCAGUCUAACCAGUCUAUAA